CAGUGAUCCUCCUGCCUCAGCCUCCAGGGUGCUGGAAUUACAGGCAUGCACCACCACGCCUUCCUGGGGAUCUGUAAUUAACAGGCGAAACUGCUGCCGCAACCUUUCCUGACUUGACUCUAGCCUACCUGGGUCCUUGGGGCAGGAAAGAGGCUGAGCACCCCAUGACCACUCCCCAUGGUGUCAGCCUACGGAAGUGCCCAAGACGGCUCAGCUCUCACCGCCAGCAGAAGGAGGCGAACCUGAGGCCGGCAGAGGAAGAUGAGCCCCAAAGAGUCAGAAAGAGGAGGGAGGCUGGAGCUGGUCAAGAAGAUGGAAUAAGCCAGUCAAGCGGAGGAGAGCCCCAACCUGAAGGAGGAGGGCUCAAGCUUGUCCCAGCGAGGCAGAGGCCAGGCCUACUGCAGGGCCCGGGAGGACUUGUUUCCCUUGUGGUUUUUUGCACUUCCUGUUCCCUUGCUCACUGCGGAAGUUCCUCUUCUUACCCUGCACUCAGAACCCAGGCAGAGAGGAGAACAGAAGAACCAUGAGUGGGGGCCCUGUAGGAGGCAGGGCCGGGGGCCGUGGGGGAGCAGCGGCCCAGCAGAACAUUCCUUCUAGCCUCCUGCAGGACCAUGAGAACCAGCGCCUCUUCGAGAUGCUCGGCAGGAAAUGCCUGACACUGGCCACUGCAGUUGUUCAGCUGUACCUGGCGCUGCCCCGUGGAGCCCAGCACUGGACCAUGGAACACUGUGGGGCCCUGUGCUUCGUGAAGGACAACCCGCAGAAGUCCUACUUCAUCCGCCUUUAUGGCCUUCAGGCUGGCCGGCUGCUCUGGGAACAGGAGCUGUAUUCACAGCUGGUCUACUUAGCUCCCACAAGCUUCUUCCACACCUUUGCUGGAGAUGACUGCCAGGUGGGGCUGAACUUUGCAGAUGAGGGCGAGGCCCAGGCCUUCCAGGCCCUGGUGCAGGAGAAGAUACAAAAAAGGAAUCAGAGGCAAAGUGGAGCCACAGAUAGACGCCAGCUACCACCACCGCCAGUGCCAGCCAAUGAAGAGAGAAGAGGAGGGCUCCCACCUCUGCCCCCACAUCCAGGUGGGGACCAAGGGGGUCCACCAGCUGUCCCACUGUCCCUGGGACUACCUACAGUGGACAUCCAGAACCCUGACAUCACAAGUUCACGAUAUCGUGGGCUCCCAGCCCCUGGCCCCGGCCCAGCUGAUAAGAAACGCUCAGGGAAGAAGAAGAUCAGCAAGGCUGAUAUUGGUGCGCCCAGCGGAUUCAAACAUGUCAGCCACGUGGGCUGGGACCCCCAGAAUGGAUUUGAUGUAAACAACCUAGACCCAGAUCUUCGGAGCCUCUUCUCCAGGGCAGGAAUCAGUGAGGCCCAGCUCACAGAUGCAGAGACUUCCAAACUCAUCUAUGACUUCAUAGAGGACCAAGGCGGGCUGGAGGCAGUGCGGCAGGAGAUGAGGAGGCAAGAGCCACUGCCACCACCCCCACCGCCAUGCCGAGGAGGGAACCCGCCCACCCGGCCCCCUGUUGUGGGGGGUAACAAGGGUCGUUCUGUGGCCCCUGGUGGAGGCCGGGGGGCACUUUUGGAUCAAAUUCGGCAGGGAAUCCAGCUGAACAAGACCCCUGGAGCCAUCGAGAGCUCAGCCCUGCAGCCCCCACCUCAAAGCUCAGAGGGACUGGUGGGUGCCCUCAUGCAUGUGAUGCAGAAGAGAAGCCGGGCCAUCCACUCUUCUGACGAAGGUGAGGACCAGGCUGGCGAUGAGGAUGAAGAUGAUGAAUGGGAUGACUGAGCUGUCCCCACAGGCCUGUGGCUCCCCAUGUGCCCCUGCCUCUGACCUAAGUCCACUGCAGCUCCCAGGGCACCAGUCCAGUGCUGUCACCUUGCAGCUGUCCCCCCACUCACCCUAGCAGUGCUGGGGGCCCUUUUUGUACAACAUUUCCCAGUUCUCUUCAUGCAAGGAUUUUUAAACAAAAAUAAAA